UUCAACCAGCUGUCAUUGUCUCGUCCGCUGCUACGUGGUGUUGCCGCUAUGGGAUUUGUAAAGCCGACACCAAUCCAAGCCGCCGUUAUUCCGCUGGCUUUGGCGGGAAGGGAUAUCUGUGCUUCCGCCGUCACAGGUUCAGGGAAAACAGCUGCUUUUCUCUUGCCGAUUCUGGAGCGCCUGCUGCAUCGUUAUUCUGGCCGCACUAAGGCUAUCAUUUUGACACCUACACGCGAAUUGGCGGCUCAGUGUUUGGGCAUGCUGACGUCGUUUGCCCAGUUUACCAAUCUGAGGGCGUCGCUCAUCGUUGGUGGUGCCAAAAACGUGAACGCACAAGCGGCCGAGCUGCGGUCUCGUCCGGACGUUAUUGUUGCGACACCUGGUCGCCUUUUGGACCACAUCACUAACUCGGCUGGUGUAACGUUGGAAGAUAUUGAGAUCUUGGUACUUGACGAAGCAGAUCGUUUGUUAGAUUUAGGCUUUCAGGAUGAAGUACAUGAAUUGGUCAAGGCAUGUCCCGUACAGAGACAGACUCUUCUAUUCUCGGCAACUAUGAAUACUAAGGUAGAUGACCUAAUUCAGCUCAGUAUGAAACGCCCAGUUCGAGUUCGAAUAAGCGACAAGGCGAACAGUAUGGACAUUGAAGUGGCGCCGCGCUUGGAGCAAGAAUUCGUACGCGUUCGCGCUGGAAACGAAGGAGCUAACCGCGAGGGAAUGCUGUUGGCGUUGCUUACACGAACAUUCAAGAAACAAACAAUUGUUUUCUUUGAUACGAAAGCCGCCGCGCACCGUUUAAUGAUCCUUUGUGGUUUGUGCGGGAUUAAAUGCGCGGAGUUGCACGGCAAUUUAUCCCAGCAACAGCGACUAACAGCGCUUGAAGAGUUUCGGAAAGGCGACGUCGAUGUUUUGUUAGCCACCGACUUGGCGGCGCGAGGUUUAGAUAUUGAUCGCGUGAAGACCGUAAUCAAUUUUGAAAUGCCGUCACAGGUUGCUACCUACGUCCACCGCAUUGGACGUACCGCUCGUGCAGGUCGAGGAGGUCGGAGUUGCACGCUUAUUGGCGAGGGGCGUCGACACUUGAUGAAAGAACUAAUCAAGGACGCGGAAGUCAAGAAUAAACGGCACACCACAGGUGACACAGCAAAAAGUUCGUUUGAAUCAGGUGUGAUUCGAUCACGAACAAUUCCUCCCGCCGUCAUGGGUCACUUUGUUGCUAAAAUACAGUCUUUGGAAACACAUGUAGAUGAGGUCUUCCAAGCCGAAGCCAUCGCAAAGAUGGACCGACUAGCAGAGAUGGAAGUAAUCAAAGCGCAAAAUAUCAUUCAGCAUUCUGACGAGAUUAAGGCACGCCCUCAACGUGAAUGGUUCGCAUCCGAGAAGCAGAAGAAACUUACAAAGGAA